GCAAGUUAUAUUCAGGUGACAUGAGAGAAGAGUACAACAAUAAAAGAAACAAGAAUUUAAUACGCAUUCGCCAUAAACCGUCGUCAUGCCGAAGCCUAUUAGAAUACGUAUGGACUUCUAAUCAGCUGCCACCGGUUGGUCAUGACAAUAUGUCUAUAAGAAAAGAAUUUAUUAUUAUAAUAGUUGCUUUAUGUAAGGUAUACUGUAAUGUAGGAAUCAGUGCAUAUAAGGGUUUACAUACCAAAGAAAUAGGAAAUGAAAUGUGUAUAAAAGCAAAUGGGUCAAUAUCCCCCAUAGGUGAAUUUAUUUCUGAGAAGUUCAAUUUAAUGUUUGCAAUGCGGUUUUUAUCAUCGGGUGUAGAUGCAAAUUACAGUCUAAGUGUUACAGAUGAUGAAAAUAGUGAAAAUAAUAUAAAAAUAGAGUCAACAAGAGACUAUAAUAAGGAUGUGGCAUAUAAAAAACUCUCUAAUGAAGAAGAGAGUGAAGAAAAAGAGAAAAAGACAACAUAUCUUGAAGACUACCACCAAACAGUAAUCGGGAUGUUUCCUUCUCUAACUGGAAGUUUGUCAAUACAUACUUCUAAUGAUGAUUCAUUCAUUAGAUUUCUUGAGUUUGAGCAUGUGAGUAAGCAUAAAAUUGAUAUUUUAGCUUGUUUAUUUCUAUUAGCAGAAGGAGCGGAUAUACCACUGAAAGUAGAACAUAGUAAAACUGGCCCAGUGCUAGUCUUGAAAGAGAUUAUAGCAAAAUCUGAGAAGGAAAAUAAACCAGAAAACACGCAGAAGAGUGAAGAGGAAAAAAAUAAAUUCUCUAUAACUAUGAAAGGUAUGUGUAGUAUAGAGAAGGAAGAUAAUACAUUCAAGGAUAAAAAUGUGUUACAAACAAGAGCAGCAGAUGUUAUAAACUUCUUUAUAAACAACAAAACAAACCCAGAUAUACGAGAAGGAGGUGAAUAUGCAGAGCCAAGAACAUAUGAAGAGUUUAAAACCGGUAAGUUUUUAAAUAAUGCAAGGUGGCUAAUACAGUAUUAUAUAUUCAAGUAUUUGGAUGGUGAAGAAAAAAUAAUUGAGUUUGCAAAGACAGUAUAUUCUAUGCUUAAGGAUUGUAUAGAACAGAAAAAGAGUGAAGGAUCAAACAACGAAGUGAAAUAUCUUGAAAGCAUUAUUAAUAAGUGCUUUGUGAAAUCCAGUAAUGCCAAUACAAGUAAUGCAAAGCAUAGAGCAGGUAUAUUAACUACAAUAUAUAAAGAGUCUCCUCUAGUAAAUAUAUUUCCAUUUAUAGGUAAUGUAAGUGCACCAGAAUAUAGAAGUGUUCCAUCAUAUAAUAGAAAAGAAGAUUCCUUUGAUAGUAGUAACAUAUACAGUAACUGUGUUGAGGCUGGAUUGCUUAGCUUGUUUUGCUGUUUAGCAUAUGAUCCAAAGACUAAAGAGUAUAAUAUAGACCAUAUGGGAGAAGUAUCACCGGACUUGAAAAGGUUCUUUGAUACGUACAAUAAACAACUGGAGACUGAUACAUACGAGAUGCAUAUAGAGUGGAGUAAAGUAGUGGCGGAUCUAGAGAAUGAGAAUAUUAGGUAUCUAAAAGAAAAUAGGAAUGAGCUUGCGCCUGGUAUAAUAAAUAUGCUAUAUGUCAUUGCUGAAAUAACUGGAAGAUAUUCUGAAGAAGAAAAGUCUCUUAAAGAGCUCAGUACUCUUUUAGAAGAAGAUGAUGAUACAAAAAAGGAUAUGCUAUUUAAAAAAGUGAAAUUAUACACGAAAGAAUUAAUUUUAUCACUCUCCAAGAAAUAUACUGUAGAAGAAAACUCGAAAUUAGCAAGAAGAGAAAUAAAGAUAGAAAUUUUAAAGAAUGUCAAAAUGCUCAAAUAUUAA